AUGGAGAAUGCCGCACAAUUUUUAGACCAAGAUCAAUACCAAGAUCAUGACGAGAUAGCUCAGUAUCAUAAUAAUUCAGGAUAUUCUUGAGAAUAUGCCGACCAUCAAACCCCUGAAGGUUCUUAUAGAGCAGAUGAAGAGUUUAAUAUGUCACAAGAAAAUACUGGGAGUUAUGAAGAAGCCAUAGCUUAUAGCAACAGGCAGCUUGAUACAGCUACAAUUAAUGCUCCUCAAUCAAGGCAGAAUUUUGAAAGCUCCUCUUUUAACUUCGAAAAUGGUUUACUCUCAACAGAGAAAAAGAAAGGAACUUAUGAUGAAGACCAAGGAGCUAAUUGGAGAAACCUCCUUACUCCAAAUAAAUCCCUCUUUGGAGAAAAAGAGGAGAAUAGCUGCAUUAACACAAGUGAGAAAAAGAGUAUAGCGCAGAACAACCUCAGUGACAUGAAAGUUAAAAUGGAGUCUAAAACAUACCAAAUAGAGAAUAGAUACGAGAACUCAAUAGAGGAUCUUAAGGUUUCAAAUAGUGAUGCUAAUGAUAAUUCUCUACUUAAGCCCCAAAACCUUGACUAUGGAGAUGAUAAGGAGAAUUCUAUCCUGAACCAUCCAAAUGUUCUGAGGUCUCAUCAAUCAAAAUCCUCCAAGCAAGACCAAAAUUGAACUGAUGAUGUAGAUAUGGAGCUUAGCAAGUCUCAGAAUAAAUCUGGGGGUAGUAACAAUAACUUAUUGACAAGCAAGGGGUACCAGAUUUCAUUUCUAGGAUCAAUCUCAAAAAUGGAUGACUUCUCUGCAAUCAAUAAGCUAAUGAAUAAGAAGGAAACUUCUCCUUCUUCAAAGUACAGUGACUCUAAGAAUCAAAAGGAUCUAGAAUCUAUGCUCAGGACAGCAAUAAACCAUAACCAAGUAAAUGACAAAGAGGAAGCUAAGGAUGAGCUCGGAAUCAUGAACCAGGAUAUUAUAAAUGCUGAUGAGAGCCUCUUUAGAAGUAUCAUUAAAUCCUCAAACAAAAAGCAAAAGAGGAAAAUUUAUAGGGAACUUGCUAAGAAAAAGGAUCAACCAGGAAUUGCUGCUAAGGCUAAGCUCUUAAUGUCGAGCUACAUGUCUGCAGAAGAAUCUCCAAAACCAUUUGAAGAUGACCUUAGGCUUUCUCAGACUAAGAUGGAUCAGAUCAUUGAAGAAAACGAAGAUCAGGAAAAUGAUGCUUUUCAUGAUUUCAUCAAUAAAGAAGAUGAUCACUCUCAAAAUGAAAGCCAAGAUCAGAUCCCUGUGAGACAUCAUCCAAGCCAGACUUCAGAAAAAGACAGGCAUGAGAACGUUUACCUUGAACAAUUUGAAGUUUCACGUAAUAUCAGAGAAGAGCAAAAUGAGUUAGAGAACUCCCCUCAAUUCACACCAGAGAUUUAUAAACAAGAUCAAAAUGACAAUGAAGUACUUCAGAAUUUAAUGAAAUCUAAAGAGAAUACUGGUACUAAAGAAUCUGAAGAAGAUGAAAAUUAUGUUCUUAGUUUGCCACUACAGCAAGAAGAUGGACAGUCUAGUCAUAAAUACCAAAAGUCAUCGAAUUAUUAUUCAUCUGAGAACGAAAAUUCUGUUAUUCUUAAUGUACCAAAUACUCAAGCUCAAACUCGAGGAGAUGUUCAAAUGAGAUGGGAUAAUGAAGUUGCUCAUAGAGAUAAUGCGAGGCAAUCUCAUAACGGGAGCAGGCAAAUGGAGAACCAUUCCUCCAAUGGGAAAUCAAACGAUACUGGAAUGGAAUACUCACAGAAUAAUGGAGCAACAACUAUAGCAGGCACUUCAAUAGUUCAGACUAUUCAGAGAGUUGGAUACAAAGACUCUAUUGAUGUCAAUAAACUAAAUGGAAAGUAUAAUGACUCUAUUGAAGAGCAGAAAUCUGUUUUGUCACAAGAUUAUCAAGAAAAUACACACCAAAAUAAUAUACCAGAUCCUUAUUAUGAUCAAGAGUCUGUAAGAAAUAGUCUUGCAAUGCAGAAUCAAAAUAUGAUGCAACCGAAACCAGCUCAGAGGUAUAAUCAGCCUCAAUACCCUCAUGGAGUACAAACUAGUAUUUCACCUGAAGAUUAUGAAUCUAUAAACCAUGCUUUUAAUUCUCAUCAAAUAGAAAAUACGAGGAAUAGGGGACAUAUCAUGAAGUCUUCUGAGUUUACUUUUGUUGGAAGAAGGAAUCAUCAUUCUCCUAAUGAGAACCUUCCUUUAAGACAGAAUCAGACUGAGAUGAUUAGUUCUACUCGUCAGUCAAUCAUUCUCAAUCCUCUGACUGAUGUUAAUGUUACUAGCACUACAAAGAAGCAAAAUGUACAGAAAAACCUCAAUAAUCCAUCUAGAAUGGCUAAUAUCGAAGAGGAAGGGACUCCUUUACAUAAUCUGGAUGAAAGUCAUAACAUGCCUCAAUAUCUAGAGACGGAUACUUUUAAUCAACAAAACUUCAACCAACAUAAAGAUCAGCAGGAAGAUGAUCUUGAAUUUACUCAGGAGAAUUUUCAGAUUCUCUACAAAGAAUACAAGGAUAUUAGUGAUUUUCUAGAACUCUUUACAAAAGAAAAUCAAACAUUGAGGGAGCUCCUUAAUGAAGCUGGACAUUCUUUCCAUUCAAUAUUUGAGAAUUGCUUCCAACCAAAUUUUGUUAGGGAAGAAGCUACUCACGCGCUUGGGAGCAUCAAGAAUUUCCUCAACGAAGAAGGUGUGGCAUCCCAAAUCCAAUCCUUCUCUGCUGUUGACGAUGAAGGCAGAAGGUCAAUUAUGAACUAUGAAUCUCAAAUGGAUGCUCUGUCACAAAAUGAUAAUUAUACUCAGGUAUCUUUGAUGUCGCCUAUUCCACGAACUGAAAACUCGGCAGAGUUUAAUAAUUUCGAAGAUUUCACCCAGAAUAACGAAUUUGUGAGGAACCAAAAUUCGGUCGAACUUCCUCAAAUGCAUCAAAGAGUUGAGAACGGCAAAUCUCCUGCAAAUGCGGAGUAUGUCAAAAGUCAAGCCGAGUAUUCCUACCAGGACCAAGACAAUAUGUUCUUGCAUAAGCCAAAGUCAAAGAGGAAAAAGCAAAAACAAAAGAAAAGAAGAGAAUCAAGCUCUGAAACCAGCAGUAGUGUUCGGUCCUAUCCUUCUGACAAUGAGCCUAACAGAUCAUUUGACUUAGACUCCCCAGUCAAGAAAGAAAAGAAGAAAUAUAAGAAAGUGAAGAAAUUGCUUAAUCAUUAUAAAUCUUCACUUGCUAAGUACAAGAAUAUGUGAGAGCUCCAGAAGCUUAAGAAUGAAAAUUUGGAAGAUAAAGUUAGUAAUUUGUCAAAAGAAGUCGAGAACAUAAAGAGAUCUAGUGUUGAUAGUCUGAAUCCAACCCUAAUGUACCUUCAGAAACUUGAAAAUAUGGCCUAUGCCACUCAAAGAAAUCUUCCUGAAAUGGUCAGUACGAGGAGAGAUGAAGGAUUUCAUUCUAAUAUCCGGAGACAGGGUGCUUACUAUGAUCAUAUCUGAUGAAGCACUGAAAAAGGAAAGUCUCCAGACAACUGAAAAUGUAUAUCAAGAACCUCCCACUGUAAAAAUGACUGUCAAGAUCUUAAACAUACCCCUGUUUCCAAAAAGAUAGACACUAAAGCAAGCUUUGAGUCUAAUUGUAUCAAAAAUAAUGAAGAAUCUAAAUCUACCAACGAUCAGCCCUCUGACAAAAAGAAUUUGUAUCAUGGAAAUGGCAGCGAAGAGAAGAAAAUCAAGAACUACAUGUCCAAAUUUAAGAACAUGUCAAAGUAUAUGAAAGAACUUCUCUCCUUGACCAAAAAUAUGCAGAUCAUCAACACUGCCAAGAUGAGUAUCUCUGAUAAAAUGUCUGCUCAGCAGAUUAAAAGACAGUACAAUGAAUACCAACACCAAGUGGCAAAGAUAAAUGAUGCCUUCAAUUCAAAUUUAAACCCAGAGAAGAAGUUCCAACAAGCUGAAGAUGCCUUGAAGAGGUCACACUACUUACUCAAGAAGAGCAUGGAAGCAGCUAAGAAUUUCAAGAACUCUAACAUGAGUAAGAGUGGUAAAAUUCUGAAAGAUCUAGGAAUUAGCUCCAUUGCUAAGAGUUCCAUAAAUGAUCAGAUCCAACCAGAGAAGGAAAUAAAAGAUUUAAGGAGUCAAUUUGAAGAAAGUAGUCUCCGCUACUCAAUCGAUACACUUAGCAGGUAUCAUGAGAGUCGGAAGAACUAAUUUUAAAUAAC